AAGAAAAGAGAGGGCUCACUAACCGUUUCCACUUGUGAAGCUUAGCGGUUCCUGUCCUGCCUGCCUUUGUGGCGCUAUAUUUGGAAGCUUUUUCCCACGCACUCACUCAUCAACCAACUCCAACAGACGCCUCCACUACUACAAAUUGAAGCAACUUCUCCUAAACUUGAUCCGCAACUUGAAAAGCAUAAAACAAAAUGAUAAUGCCGUCUUCUUCUUCAGUUCUUGUUUCUCUUCUCGUCCUUCUUUUGGCUUCUUUCUCCUCUGCGAUUGGGGAACAGCUUAUUAUUGUGAACAACUGCAAUGAAAGUAUAUGGCCUGGAAUGCUUGGAGGUGCAGGUCACCCUACGCCGAGAGAUGGCGGUUUCCAUCUAGGCAGCGGAGAGGAAGUAGUCCUUGAUUUACCACAAAAGUGGUCGGGGAGAAUAUGGGGUAGGCAAGGAUGUUACUUUGACAACAAUGGCAAAGGGUCAUGUGACACAGGAGAUUGCUCUGGCUUACUUCACUGCCAAGGCAAUGGUGGUGUACCACCUUCAACCAUGGUGGAAAUGACUCUGGGAUCUUCUACUUCUCCGUUGCACUUCUAUGAUGUUAGUUUGGUUGAUGGGUUCAAUUUGCCAGUUUCAAUGGCACCAGUUGGGGGUGGAAUUGGAUGUGGAGUAGCAUCAUGUGAGGUUGAUCUCAACAUCUGCUGUCCAUCUGCUUUGGAAGUGAAAAGAGAUGGCAAAAUAGUGGGGUGUAAAAGUGCUUGCUUGGCUAUGCAAUCGGCUAAAUAUUGCUGCACAGGGGACUAUUCUAAUCCAAAGACUUGCAAGCCUACCCUUUUUGCACAUCUCUUCAAGGCUAUAUGUCCAAAGGCUUAUAGUUAUGCUUUUGAUGACUCUAGCAGCCUUAACAAAUGCAGGGCUUCUCGCUAUGUUAUUACUUUCUGCCCUCCUAAAUGAGAAACUGCAACUACAGCAGAGUGGCUCUGUGAAUUUGUUGCAGUAUUUUGUUGAUCAAGUAUGGACUUAUUUUAAGUUGUUAUUUGCUUUUCUCUUAUUCUAUUAAUUUGUUAAUUAGAUGUCGGCUACAAAUAGAGGAAGGUUUAAAUGGAUGGCAGUCAUAUUUUACUCUGUAAUUGGCUUCUUCUCUCUUUUAUUAGUGUUUUAUGAAAUAGAAGUAUCAAUUGGGAUACCAAGAAA